AUGGUACACAAACAGCCCCCACAAUUUCAGAGCCAUGCCCAGAAUCCUCCCCCUCGGCGGCAUCGGCUGGAGGGCACGGGACGGGAGAGCAGGGGACACGGGAGAGGAUCCGCGACGUUUGUUAUUGUUUAUGAAGCCCAGCCAGAACCCGGAGCGCGGCGCUCGGGGGCCGAGGGGUGGAAGGGGAAAGAAGCCGGGAAGGACAAAGAUGCCUCCUCGGGCUCGAGGCCACCUCUCCGGACACCCGGGGCCAGCAUCAGCCCGCGGAACAAGAGGGCCAAGGCCGCCGCCGGAGCUUCCCCGGAGACAUUUCCAGCCCCGAAAUUAGCCCGGCUUUCCCUGGACACCCGAAGGCACGUAAGCUCUCCUCCGGCUCCCGCUCGCGGAGUUGGCGCUGGCGCGGCCAGCCACGGCCCCGGCUCCCGCCGCCGCGGAACGCCGCAUCCGCGCACUCACCUGCCUCCGGUCGCGCCCGCGGCCGGCUCAGCCUCCACACGGACCGCAGCCAGCCCGGCGCCCGUCCGCUCCCUUCUGCCCGCUCCGCCCUCGCCCCGCCCCCGGGAGGUGGGACCGGCCGCCGCGCCGGAAUCUCGGGGCGGCCCUCCUGAACUCUCGCGAGCCCUCCCUCCUCGGCUUCUCGGUGGCUGGGCCGGUCCGACUCGGCCCUGA